AUGGCAUCCUCCCAGUCGUUGCAGGUCCCGCCCUCGCCCUCGUCCUCGAAGCGCUCGCGCAGCAAAGACAGCACCCGCUCUGCAGCCACCUCCCUCGACACGCCCUACUUCACGCCCUCGGCCAGCGCCCCGAGCCUCGUCAUACCCAACCUAGGCGAAACACCACAGAACCUACAGCCCCUCGAGCACGACCCCGCACCAUACCCCGCCUUCUUGAACUUGAGCGCAGACGUACACCAGAAGUUCGUUGAUCUGGAGUGGGAGCAGCGCCAACGCGUGGUGCAAGGCCUGCAACACCAGAAUGGCGACCCCGAGCAGCAGCCUUCGCAGUGGGCCCGGUGCAUCGGCGACGACGUAAGGGACCGAAAUAGAUACCUCAAUGUCGAUCCCUACCAGAGCAAUCGCGUUCGCUUAAAAGUCCCAGACGGGACCAGCGACUACAUCAAUGCCUCGCCCGUGGAGCUCAGAUCGAGUAGUUCGGACAAGGUGCUGAAAUACAUCGCAACGCAGGGCCCCAAAAGCGACACCUACUCGCACUUCUGGCGCAUGAUAUGGCACGAAACCACCACCCCGGCCGUCAUCGUAAUGCUCACCCAGACCCACGAGGCCUCGCGCGAGAAAUGUUACCCAUACUACCCGCAAUCCCUCGAAACCCCGACCAUGCGCCUGAACGCCCAGGACGAAUACGAGGACAGUUUCAUCCACGAGCUCCACCUCGCAAACCUAGAAGAAGACCAGGAAGCUCGCGCCCAGAUCCGCGAACUACACAUGACGUCCGAAGGCAGCGCCGACUCGCGGACGGUAUGGCACCUGCUCUUCGGCGGCUGGCCCGACUUCCUCGUCCCGGAGGGCGCCGACCGCGCGGCCCUCCUCCGCCUGAUCGCCAUGAGCAGGGAGAAAAAUGCAGACAACGCGACAAACCCGCGCAUCGUACACUGCAGCGCCGGCGUCGGCCGCAGCGGGACCUUCAUCGCGCUGGACUGGCUGCUGCAGGAGCUCGACGACGGCAGCCUCGACGAGGUGGCCGACACCGAAGACCCCGUGUUUGGCGUCGUCAGUCGCCUGAGGGAGCAGCGCAUGAUGAUGGUGCAGAGUGAGCCGCAGCUCGCCUUCAUCUACGACGUUAUCCGCGAGCGCUGGCGCGAGAGGUGGAUUAGUCAGCAUGAAGAGGAGGCCGAGAAGAUGGGCGUCACGCGGCGCAGGUCGGACGCUACGCCCGAGGGACCGAGUCUGAAGAGGCAGAAGUCGGGGUAUGGCAGGGAAGGGGACGAGGAUGAGAGGGCGCAGCUGGAGGCUGAGCUGUUCUCGAAUGCGGAGAUGGAGUGA